CUUAAAAGCAAGAAAAAAAGAAGAGCAUCAAAAUUCAAAAGCAAAGGUCCCAUCAUUUCCAUUAUUCCUUUCCCAUUGAAAAAAGAAAAACGAAAAGCAGCUUCUGUUUCUGUAUUCAGUGACUUCCAACUCAUUGCUUCAUGGUCUGAAUUAUUACAUGGUUUAAGGAUAUUGUGCCAAUUUCUUCAACUUUCACCAAUUUUGCAGAUUCCAUUUCCGUUUCUUUCUUUUUUGUUCCCUGAGUUUCCAUUUUGGAUUUGUUCAUUUCUCGUCACCUUAUUUCUCAUAAUUCCACCAUGUCUGUCAUUGGAGAGGCUGCUCUUUCUGUGUUUUUGGAGCUGUUGGGGGGCAAGUUGCUCGACUCUGCGCUCAACUUUGUCGCUGAUCAUAAGCAACUCCACCCGCAGCUCAAGCAGUGGCAGUCCAUAUUGCCUGAUAUCCAAGCAGUGUUGGACGAUGCAGAGGAGAAACAGAUCAAGAACGAGGGCGUGAAGAAAUGGUUGGAGGAUCUCCAGGACUUGGCUUACGAUGUGGAUGACAUCUUGGAUGAGUUCGCUUAUGAAGAGUUACGUCUCAAGCUCAACAAAUCGCAAGCUCAAGCCAGCACUAGCAAGGUACGGAAACUCAUUCCUACCUGCUGUACCACUAGUAAUUUCACUCCCACUUCUUUCCUGUUUAAGAAUUCCAUGAUUCCCAAGGUGAAAGAGAUCACUGAUACACUGAAUAGUUUGACUACUCGAAGAAGUAGUUUGGGGUUGAGUGACCUCUUGUCUCAAGCUCCAACCUCCAAGGGAAAGCAACAAAGGCUGCAACCAACUUCCGUACUGGAUGGAGUUGUGGAGUAUGUUGGUAGACACAAGGAGAAGACAGAAAUGAUUGAGUUGCUCAAAGGUAAUAACUCCAAUGGAGUUUCAGUCCUUUCCAUCGUGGGCAUGGGAGGGAUGGGUAAAACAACUCUUGCUCAGCUUGUUUACAAUGACGCCACCAUCAACGAGUCUUUUGAUCUCAAGGCCUGGGUAUGCGUUUCUGAUAAUUUUGAUGCAAUUGCUAUAACAAAGGCAAUUUUACAGUCCAUCACUUCUGAGUCAUGUGAUUACAGUAACUUGGAUUUACUUCAAGUUAAGUUGAAGGAGAAAUUGUCGGGUAAAAGAUUCUUGCUUGUUUUAGAUGACAUUUGGAACGAGAAUUAUAAUGAUUGGACCAUCUUACGGUCUCCGUUUGGAGCAGGGACCACUAUCAUUGUAACCACUCGUCUUCAAAUUGUUUCAUCUAUUGUGGAUCCGCUCAAAGCUUUUCAUUUGGAUAAGCUAUCGGAUGAUGAUUGUUUAUCCAUAUUUACACAGCAUGCAUUAAAAGCAAGAAAUUUCGAUGGACAUCCCCAGUUCAAAGAAAUUGGAGAGAAAAUUAUUAGAAGGUGCAAUGGCUUACCUUUGGCUGCAAAAGCUAUUGGAAGCUUGCUACGCACAGUUAAAUAUCAUGGAGAAUGGGGAAGAAUAUAUGAGAGUGAGAUAUGGAACUUACCAGAAGAGCAGUGUGGCAUAAUUCCAGCUUUGCGAUUAAGCUACCAUCAUCUUCCGUCAUACUUGAAACGAUGUUUUGCAUAUUGCUCCAUACUUCCUAAAGACUAUGAAUUUGAAGAAGAAGAAAUUAUCUUGUUAUGGAGAGCGGAAGGUCUCUUGCAACAAAAAGCUAUGCCUCAAGUUAAAGAUAUUGGAAAUCAAUAUUUUCAAGAUCUAGUGUCGAGGUCAUUUUUUCAGAUAUCCAGUAAAGAUGAGUCCCGAUUUGUAAUGCAUGACCUUAUCAAUGAUUUAGCUCAAGUAGUUGCAGGAGACAUAUGCUCCAAACUGGAGGGUGAUAUGCAACAAAAGUUCUCAAAUCGCACUCGACAUUCUUCUUAUAUUGUCAGUAGAUAUGACACAGUGAAGAAGUUCGAAGCAUUUGAUCAAGUGAAAUCAUUACGUACUUUUCUACCUUUACAGUUGUCACGUUAUUGGAAGCUUUAUUUAACUAAUGUUGUUUUGGUUGAUUUGUUGCCAAAACUUGGCUAUUAA